AUGGUGCACCCCGAUAAUAUCUCAAAAGAAUUAGUUUCCACAAACGAUGUUUCUUCGAAUGUUCAAGGGGUUGUCGUAAAGUUGGUAGAUGUCAAUGUUAACUUUAAUAACAAGAAAGAGUUUGAUGAUCGUGAUAGCAUGCUCUCAUGGAUUCGUAGGACUGCAACUAAACUUGAUUUUGGUGUGGUUAUAGGAAGAUCGAAUAAUGGUUCGGAAAUAAGAAACGUUUUUGUAACUUUGUUGUGCGAAAGAAGUGGGAAAUAUCAGACUCCUCUAUGGAAGUUUAAAAGAGACGACACCAGUAGUAGAAAAUGUGAAUGUCCUUUUAUGGUUCGUGGUUACAUGUUGAGUACCAAAAAGUGGAAAUUUAGUGUUAUUUGUGGUUUGCAUAACCAUGAAUUAUUCUUAAAGUUGCAAGGUCAUCCUAGUGUAUGUCGACUCAAGUCGGAAGAGAAGACUUGUAUUAGUAACAUGACCUUGAAUCUUGUCCAACCGAAAAAUAUACUUGCCACAUUGAAACGGAAGAAACCCGACAAUAUAUCAAAUAUAAGGCAAAUGUAUAACAUUCAGUACCGCGCCAACAAGGCGGUUAAGGGAGAUAGAAGUGAGAUGCAACAACUGUUGAAAUUGUUGGAUGACAAGAGUUACGUGUCUCAGUACAGAACUUGCAACGAUAGAGUUACGGUCCAAGAUGUUUUUUGGACUCAUUCGGUUUCGAUAAAGUUGUUCAAAACAUUCUCGACAAUGCUCAUUCUUGAUUUUACCUACAAGAUCAACAAGUAUAGACUUCCUUUAUUUAAGAUGUGUCAUAUCCUAAUUUUUAACGCUAAGAUCCCACGACUUUUUUGCAUCGUCUGCAUAGCAUAUCAUGUCUCUCAUCUCGCAUAUUACCCAAUUUAUCAACUGAAAUAA